GCGAGCACCGCCCCGUACCCAACGUCUGGUUAUUAUAUUUUUGAAUUAAAAAAAAAAAGAAAACAGACAGACAAAUUAGCACUUGACAGUUUCACGGAAAUACCAGGCACGAAUACAAAUAUGGAUUGUUCAAACGGAUACGUCACUUCCGUGUGACCGUGAAAAUGAUCGGCUGUGAUUAUCAAUGCCGGAUUAAAUGACGAGUUAUGUAAGUCAAUUGCAAAAUAUCGUAGUAAUUGUUAAUUGAUCGUUGUCAUGAGUGAUGGGAACUUGAGUGUCGGAUUAAAAAACACGAGUGCAUUAUUAUUUAACGAAUGGUGAUUAGUGAAUUGAUGAAGAACACAAGAUCAGUGAGGAUGCAGGAAGACAAUCAGGAAGUACCAACGACAACCUCAAUGACAUCGACGGACUUUCGUGAGGCUGAGUCAUCAACGGAGUCAUCAAGUAUUGAUUCAACCCUGCCAAAUUUAACAUUACAGAGUGUUGCAUUGGGACUGCAGGGUGCUUUAUUGGCAGCGCUGCAGCGUGCAGCAUUGCUACCACCUGGACCAGCAGCAGCUGCCCUCAAUCUCCAGGCAUUGGAGACUUAUCUUACCCUUCACCGACUGCAUGCAAGUGGAGCAACAGCGGGUGUCUCGUCGUCGUCAUCAACACCGUCAAGCCCCAACUUCGCCGGUAUCUCGAUAUCACCGAGAUGCCUCUCCCUCAACAUGACCACUACCAGCCCAUUGACAUCAGGUUCAUCACCACUGAAGAGCGAUCUUGGUAUUGAGGUACUUCAGUCAACAUCGCUGGAUGACGAUGAAGUGUCACAUCUGGAAUUCGUCACGGAUCCGGAGGAGGAUCUUGCCCUACUCGAGGAGGAGGAGUCCCUCAUCCAGGAAAAUCCGGAGGCAUCAUCAGCAUCAGCGAGUCAUCGUGAUGCACUACUCCAGAGAAUUACUGAUGUCACACAAGUACCAUCAACAACACCAUCUGCAUCACAACCACCGACAUCAUCCGUUCAAGCGACAUCCACCUCAACCGACUCAUUGCCACGCAAUUGUCGUGCAUCACGCCCGAAAAAACAGUUUAUCUGUAAAUUCUGCAGCCGACAAUUCACCAAAUCUUACAAUCUACUGAUACACGAGAGAACGCAUACCGACGAGAGGCCGUACUCCUGUGACAUUUGUGGAAAGGCGUUCCGACGGCAGGAUCAUCUCAGGGAUCACAGGUAUAUUCACAGUAAAGAGAAACCAUUCAAAUGCGCUGAAUGCGGAAAAGGUUUUUGCCAGAGUAGAACACUAGCUGUACACAAGAUACUUCACAUGGAGGAGUCACCACACAAAUGUCCAGUUUGCGCUAGGAGUUUCAAUCAGCGGAGUAAUUUGAAGACUCACCUUCUGACCCACACCGACAUCAAACCGUAUCACUGUGGCUCUUGUGGCAAAGUAUUUCGGAGAAAUUGCGAUUUGAGAAGGCACUCGUUGACUCACAAUCUUGGUGUAUCAUCAUCACCACCACCACCUGGUAUCGCUGUACCAGGAUCGAGUGCCGUUCUCCAGGAGACUUCAUAAUUUUCUAAAAUCAUCAUUUUAAAAAAUCCAUUAAUCGAUGUAAUAUUACGAGAUGAGACGAAAAGACUCUAUCUGAUCAUAGCUCAGUGAUAUCUAUCAUCAGAUUUCGCCCAGAAUCUCAAUUCCAUUGAUAUUAAAUCACUUCGGCUCGUGCUCAUACUGAUCUUAUCUGUCAUUUAAUCAUAAUUGUAUAUUACAGAUUAUGUAAAGUUAUGUUUAUUAGAUUUGUGAUGACGUGGAGAUUAUAACGAUAACAGUCUGUGUUUUUCAUUGUACGUAAAAUAAAUUUAUUAUAAUUAUUUAGA